AUGACAUUCUUGUGCCCAAAAUGUGUGAAAGAAAGGCCCUUUCCAACAUGGUGUCAAGAAUGUGGUGUUGAAUAUUUUGAGAAAAAUUCUGAAAAUUGGACCAGUGGAGAACCAAUAAUAGAUAAAGUUAUAAAAUAUACACAAGACAAUUCAAAAAUUCCUGUUGAUUUUGUGGAGUGGAUUCCAUAUGAACAAUUUGAAAAAAGAGAAAAAAUUGGUCAAGACGGUUUUGGAAGUGUUUAUGGUGCCUUUUGGAAAAGCGGGCCGAGUUUGAUCUUAAAAUGUUUUACUGCUUCAAAUUUUUACACAGCCAGUACUGUAUACAACCCUGAAAUUUCACCGAUAAUUCGUUUUUAUGGUCUUACCAAAGAUGCCAAGGGAUAUUUGUUCGUAAUGCAAAUUGCAGAACAUGGCGAUUUACAAAAAUAUUUAUUUGAAAAUUUUGAUAAAAUGAAAUGGUUCGAUGAUAAAUUGCUUAUUUUAGCUAAUAUUGCAAAUGGUCUUAGAAUUAUUCAUCAGAAUGGUUUAACUCACCGUAAUCUUCAUUGUCGGAAUAUUUUAAUUGGUGAUAACGGAAUGGCUUAUAUUACAGAUUUUGGACCAAUAAGUAGCAAUAAGAAUUCUAUCACACAAAAGUUAAAUUGUUCAGCACCAUUUAUUGCACCAGAAACCCUCAAAGAAAAUACUUUUACAUCUAAAUCAGAUGUUUAUAGCUUUGGGUUUAUUAUGUGGAUGCUUUCUGCUGGAGUUAUACCCUAUCAUUAUCCUUCUGAAAAUACCGUAUUAUCACAAAAUAUACAAGAAAUUAUACAAGAAAUUGAACUUUAUAUUAAAAGAAAUACUCCAAAGCCCCCUCCGCCAUCAAAGAAUUUUGGAAAUUCAAGUGGUCAAAAUGAUAUUCUCAGAGAUGUUAAUGAAGAAAAGAUAAAAGCCACUUACUUCUGUGACGCUGAUAAAGAAGAAUACCCCACCCAAAUUUCAGAAGGCGAGCCCAACCAAUUGCCCUCCAAACAAACUGUGGAUCUGAGUCCAGUUGUUACCCACCCUACCAUUGAAAUCACAUUUAGGCCAUGCCAAGAACAACAAGUAAAAGUUCAGAAAGUAUAUGUAGCCAGCGAGAUUGAAGAUUCAGAAGAAAAUAAGUAUAAUGAUUCAUAUAGUAUAAACUCUCUAAAUAAUAAAGAAACCCAGCCAAGUACAGAACUCAUAACUGAUAUAAAAGGUAUAGACAACACUGAUGAACCUAAUAGCCUUGAUACUUGCGAUACGA